AUGGGAUUCCGCACAGGAUUUGUAAUUGGCAGUAUCCUGUUUAUUUAUGGACUUCUGUAUAUUAUGUCGUCCUAUGACUACCCUCUUCUCUUCCAUGGGGCUUUUGGAAAAGAAGAGGUGCGCAAUGCUAUCGACUUUUACUUGUCGAUUUACUCAGCUCCUCUCAGUGUGAAAGCACUUAUUCAUGCUAUAAUUGGUCUUGGUAUGAUUGGUAUUGUUGCCAAGAUUGUGCGCUGGCAAGAGAAUGACAAGUAUUUUGGCUCGAUCAGCCUUUUGCUGUAUUUUGUCAGUGUUCUGAUGUACAUUGGUGUGAACAUUCCCAAUAUGCGUGCUCUCAAGUAUCCAGAUGAGAUGCGCAUUGUGCACCGUGCUGUAUUUGAUGCCGAAGCGUACAGGAAGGUGGAGAACUAUGACUUCAAGCCACUGUCAGAGCGGGAGACGACUUCUGUUGUGCAAGUGAUCAGUGCUACGAAUGUCAUUAUCACAGUGCUCCUGGCUGGUGUGCUUUUGAUGCAAAUCGGCGAGUGGUAUGCCGUCCGUUUGGAUCGCAUUGCGGAGAACAAGAUGCGCCAGGAAUCGAUCGCUAAGCUUGGUGCUCAACGUGGAGACGAGAAGAAGAAGAAUUAG